CUUAUCACCUCUCGAACGUUAGCAAAUAACAUACGAGUUUUGAAUCAGAAUGUUAGUACACACUUUUAUUUCACGUCAUGGAUGCAGUGAGGGUUGACAUAACGUCGAUAGAGGAAAAGACUACCAACGCUCAGUCCCACUCCCAGCCCAGCAUGCAGAGCUUCCUGAUACCCGAUUUGUUAAUUAAAAAUGCAGAUUGUCAACAAAUAGACGUUGAGAGAGUUUCUGUAGUAAAAAGAGCUGAUCCUGACAGACUGAGAGAAAUUUUUGAAAAGUAUGCUAGUGUAGAAAAAAAUGGGGAUAAAUUUAUGACACCUGAAGAUUUUGUACGAAGAUUCUUAGGUCUGUUUCAAGAUUCCAAUUACAACCGUGAGUCUGUUCAGCUUAUUUCAAGUGUGUUGGAUACAUCCAAAGAUGGCCUUAUAUCUUUCAUGGAAUUCCAAGCUUUUGAAGGGUUGUUAUGCCAGCCUGAUGCUCUAUAUCAGGCAGCUUUUCAACUUUUUGACACCACAGGCUCUGGAUUUGUCACUCAUGAGGAGUUUGAAUAUGUCAUCAAACAAACAACUCUUCAUCAGAAAAUACCAUUUAACUUUAACAGUGAAUUUAUGCGAUUACAUUUUGGAGAGAAAAGGAAAAGAACAAACAAUUACUCAGAGUUUUCACAAGUUCUUCAUGACUUCCAUGAGGAACAUGCCAUUCAAGCUUUUCGAAAAUAUGACAAAAGCAAAAGUGGAAGCAUUUCUGCUUUGGACUUCAACUAUAUCAUGAUUAAUGUUAAAAGCCAUCUUUUAACUGAAGAUGUGAAGCAGAAUCUUGUUGGAGUAGCUGGAGGUUUGGGAGGCCAUCUGGUGACUUUUCCAUACUUUAUGGCUUUUAACAGCCUACUGAAUAACAUGGAGUUAGUCAAACGAAUCUACCUGAACUUCACCAGAGGCAGUUCUACACAGGAGGUUACAAAAGAGGAGUUCCUGUUAUCAUCUCAGCAGAUAUCUCAGUUGACACCACUAGAAGUGGAUAUUCUGUUCCAAUUAGCUGGAUUUGUUUGUCAACAGACUGGGCGUAUUAAUUUUGCUGAUCUAGAAAAAAUUGCUCCAUUAAGAUAUGCUAAAGUUUUGUCAUCUCGCAUUGCUGAUAUGAAGGCAGUUGAGAGCCCAGCAGAUAGAGGAAUUGCUAUCCAGAUACUUGAAAGCUUGUACAGAUUUUUCUUAGGCUCAAUUGCAGGAGCUGCUGGGGCUACAGUUGUUUAUCCAAUAGACUUAGUCAAGACUAGAAUGCAGAAUCAGCGGUCUGGCUCUUACAUUGGAGAGUUAAUGUACAGAAACAGUUUUGACUGUGCAAAGAAAGUAAUUCGACAUGAAGGAAUUUUUGGACUGUACCGUGGUCUAAUGCCUCAGCUUGUUGGUGUCUGUCCUGAGAAGGCCAUUAAGUUGACGGUGAAUGAUUUUGUGAGAGAUAAAUUCACAUCAGAGAAACUAGGAAUUCCUCUGUGGGGAGAAAUUAUGGCAGGUGGCUGUGCUGGAGCUUCUCAGGUCAUGUUUACAAAUCCCCUGGAAAUAGUGAAGAUUAGACUUCAAGUAGCUGGAGAGUUGGCUGCUCUUGGUAAAAAAGUACGAGCUUUUGAUGUAAUAAAAGAUCUAGGAGUUACUGGUCUUUAUAAGGGAUCUCGAGCAUGCUUUUUAAGAGAUAUUCCAUUCUCUGCAAUAUAUUUUCCUGCCUAUGCACAUGCAAAGUUAGCAACUGCUGACGAACAUGGUCAUAAUGGACCACUCUCUCUUUUAGGAUCAGCAUGCUUAGCAGGUGUUCCUGCAGCUUACCUUGUGACCCCUGCUGAUGUGAUUAAAACAAGACUUCAGGUUCAGGCUCGCCAAGGACAAACCUCUUACAGUGGAGUUUAUGAUGCAUUCAGAAAAAUUCUUCGUGAAGAAGGACCAUCAGCUUUCUUUAAGGGAGGUCCUGCUCGUGUGUUUCGAUCUGCUCCUCAAUUUGGUUUUACCUUGCUCACAUAUGAAAUUUUACAGCGUCUGUUUUAUGUUGAUUUUGGUGGAAGACCUCCCCAAGGUUCACAGGUAACAGUACCAAUCCAUCCUACGGAGCAACGUUCUGACAAUCCAGACCAUAUCGGUGGCUACAAGCUGGCAACGGCUAUGUUUGCUGGAAUAGAGUCAAAAUUUGGGCUCUUUCUUCCCAAGUUUAGAAGUAAUGAAACUUUAAACCACACAUAAUUCUGAAUAUAAACAUUAGGAUUCUAAGGUUAUAUCUUUCAACAGUUUAUUAUGAUCUUUGUCUCUAGUAGUUCUGUGCUAGGCAGUAUUGUUUAAUUCUAUACGAAUAAUUCCUUUUUAUGCAGCAAAUAUUAAUGCAAAACUGGCACAGAAGUACUGUUCUGUCAGAUUUUUUUAAAUAAUUAUUUAGAAACAUUUUAGCAGUGUAUAGAGUGAAGGAAAAUAGAAAAACACUAGCUUGACAGAGUGCUCAAGAAAAAGGAUAAAGCACUGGAUAAAACAUUGUAAAAUAGUGUUGUUAAUCUUCUAAUAAAAAAACUUUCUGACUUUCCAAUUACCAUUUUUAGUUAUGUGAGUAUAAAGUUGCUUUAAGAAUUUUGUUAUUUACUGUUGGUUAUGAAUUAUCAUAGGUGACAUGUUGCUCUUUAAAACCUACUGCCAUAAUUAUGGUUUUGAACCAGUGCCAUGGUCUUUUUUUUAUUAUUAUUAUUUAUUCAGUGCCAGUGUUCAAAGUACUCUUUGUGAUAAGAAAACAACUGUAAUUAAAAGGAAUAUGGUUUGGAAUAGGCCAUGGAGUGUUUCUGUGUUCCUUCAGAAAGUUGAGUUAGAAAACUGUUUUAUCAACAUAUGAACACUUUUUGUGUAAAUGUUACAUUGGAGUUUUGAGUGAUUAAUGGUAUGAUGUACAAGGAUAUUGUUUACUUUUGAAUCAUUACUGAAAGAAAAGAACAUCUGUCUUACUUAUAAGAGAAAGUAUGUCUUCACAUAAAGCUUUUUACAGAUGUAAAAAAUAUAUAUUUUGUAGUAUUUUGCUCAUUAGAAUAAUGGUAUGAUAUUUGAGACUUGUAAUAUCUUAAAAAUGAUUUUUUGUUCUGGUCUAAACAAACUUGACAUGUAGUUGAAAACAUCUUUUAGAAAUAACUUUAACUUAAUUCUGUUUUUUUUUUACUAAAACCGAAAAUAUUUUAUCAGACAUUAAGAACUCCUUUGAAUGAAACCAUAUGCUGAAAAGAAAAUUUCAAGAGAACUUGUAACUACCUAACCAUGACAAAUUUUAAAACUAUUUAAUACUGGUUAUUACCUAACUUUUUAUUUCUUUUUUUCUAGUUUUGUAUACUUUUUUUUUCCUAGAAGAAUUCUUAACCCCUAUCCAUGACAAAAAAUUUUCAUUUUUAACUAUUUAAUGUAAGUUUUUCCUGUUUUAAUAUAUAAAAGCAGCACUAUCAAAUAUUGGUAUGUUUAGUUUAGAUUCAUAGCAACCUUUCUGUGUUUCAGUUUGAACAUACUGCACUUACUCUUCACAACUGUUGUUAUAAAUAAACGUAAAUAAUGAAUAUCGGUACAGCUAAUAUAUUCAAUAUUAUACAGAAGUACUUUUGUACAAAAGAAAACCUCUGUAAUGUGGAAAACGUUCUAAUUCUUUAACUUAAUUAUUUCUAACUGAUAAGUAUCAGUACUUUUUAGUAUGUUCUUUAAUUGUAUGACUUAAGUAAUUUUCUUUGAAUUACAAAACUUUUUGACACAUUAAAAUAUUGUACUUGAGAAAAUAUUUAUCAAGUAAUGAGAUUGCAUAUCUAAGUGCUGUGUGUGUGUAUGUAUAUGUGUUUAUCAUUGGUUUCCUUACAAGAAAUACAGUAACUAUAAAGCUUUAUGCUUUUUUUACACUGUUGUUUAAAAACUAUACUAGUCAUUGCAUUUGUUAUGUUUUACUGUAUAAUCAUUGAAUAAUUUAUUUCAGUAUGAAAAGCUUUCAUUGAUGUUGUGAUCUUAUAUACAAGUGUUAUUUAUAGGUAGACCUUUUGGAAGUAUAUUUAAAACACAGGUUAACUAUUAGGUGGUUCAGUUAAUAUGUUGAUCUCAUUCCUGUUGUUUGUGACCAGUAACUUGUAAUGGCUGUAGAUGAUAAAGUGAAGAAUUUUCUUAUAGGUAAUAUCUCUUGUAUACUUUCAACCAAUGCAGUCUGCAUAGUACAAAAAGUGCAGUAGUUGUUCCUGUUUUAUAAAAAGACUCGAGUACUUUUUUUUUGUUCUGUACAAAGUGGGUGGUUGUUUUGUGGGACUCAACCUGUUAAGAAUUUUUGAAAUAUAUGUGUUUAUUCUUAGGAACUUCUAUAACGUUAAUAUUGGUGUUUUUUGUAUCCAUGGGAUGUUUCAUUUUAAUUAUAAGUCAAACAUGCUUUGCGACUGAUUUCAAACUUUUUUGUAAUUUCAUUAGUUUAUGAACUAUUUGAAAAAGUAUGUUUUAUGUGCAACCCCUUCAUUGUUGAAUAAAUAUAUACAAAUAUUGUAGAAGAAAAUGUAUUUGCAACCAUAUGUUAAGAUGACAGUCUAUUUUGUAGCAGCUGAGAAUAAUAUAUCCUUUUAAUUUGUUUAUUAUCUGGUUUUAUGUAUGAAACACUUUAAUACUCAUUCAUUCCACCAAACAGGAAUAGUGUUCCUUGUAAGUAAACUGUGUUAUGUUUAAUAUUUGAACCAUACUUAUCUAGUCAAAAAAAUUGUCCAAACGUGUUCUGAACGUUCCAGUGAGUUAUGGCGUCUUAAGGUUAUCUUACUGAAUUUGUACAACGUUCUCUAAUUUGAAAUAAAAUUAAAGCAUUACACAAUUUGCAUAUUUGUAUUUCGAUUGAAAUGUGUAUGUAUACGUAUGUGUAAAAAAUAUUGUAAUCUGAUACAAAGAAAACUAUAGUUAUCUUUCUUAUGUUAUAUGUAUUUCUUUUUUAUAUAUUUUUUAAUGUACACAGUAUUUGUUUUUCUAUUUAUUUAUUUAUUUAUAUGGAAUAAGUUUUCCGGCAUUGUUUUUUAUUUUAAAUAUACUCCAUAAGUUAAGUUUUUUGUGAACAACAAUAGGGUGAGUUUGAAAGUAUUAGUAGUAAGUUUAAAUUCCUUAAAAUAACUCGUACUUUUGUAGUAAUAUUACAAAAAUUAUCGCCCAAUUUUAAAAUUGACUUUGACAUGUUAACUAACUUCGUAAUUCCAAUACUUUAUAAAUUGAUUCUACAUUCCAAAGGUUUGUGAUCCUUCACUGAUUAUCUAAGUUAGGUCCAGUGAGGACAAGAAAUUAAAUUAUGUAUUAAUUAAAAUAUGAAACAGAUUGCAACUGGGAAUAUGCCCUGUGUGUGUGAUUUUUACUGAAUGUUUUUAUUUGAACAUUUCAGAGUACCCAAUUGUUGUAUUCAUAUAAUUUUUGUUCGUUGAAUUUUUAAAAUUCAAGAAAUAACUGAACUUAAAAAAAUGUUGUUAUUAUAAAAAUGUGAAGGUCUCCACUGUAAAGUCAGAUUGAUAGUAAAUUUUCUUUAAGAGCACGUUAUUGCUAUUUCCUCUUAUACUUGAUAAUAGUGUGAUUCAUAUUUUUAUUUAUUUAUUUUUUAUUUGUAUCAUUUGAGAAGAUCAGUAAGUGUUAUGAAUAACAUGUACACAAGUUGAGAAAUAAAAUAAUUUAUGGUCAGA